AUGGUACAAAAAUCACCAGGGGUUCUUGAAUUAGAUGUUGUCUCAACAUUGUCAGCACAGGUCUCUGCACUAACCAACCAAGUCAAUCAGAUGACCAUGAUCAAUAACAAGCAACAAGCCCAGCUAGUGCAACAAGUUCAAAUAUAUUGUGAAGUAUGUGAAGAGUGUCACAUGAGCAAUCUAUGCCCAGCAAAUCCAGAGUUUGUAAAUUUUAUGGUCAAUGCGGUUACCUUGAGAAAUGGAAGAGCAUUAGAAGAAGUUCCAAAGAAAAAGAAGAAUACAGCUCAUCCUGAGGGAGAAUUAGUUCCCAAGCCAAUUGAGGAGAAUGAGAAAGAUGAUAAAGGACCCGAGCCAGUAAUUGAGACUAGGCUACCACCUCCGUUUCCACAAAGACUGCAGAAGCAAAAAGAUGAUGCUAAGUACAAGAAAUUCCUAGAUAUUUUGAGCCAAGUAACUGUGAAUUUGCCUUUGGUGGAAUUUUGUAGGAAGUGCCUAAGUAUGCAAGAGUUCGAAACAGUUGCACUUACUGAAGAGUGCAAUUCCAGAGUUCAGAGUAAACUUCCUCUUAAGUUGAAGGAUCUUGGGAGUUUUAUAAUUCCUUUGUCUCUUGGAAAACAAGAAGUUGGAAGAGCCCUGUGUGAUUUAGGGGCUAGUAUAAAUUUAAUGUCAUCCUCUUUGUUCAAGCAACUUGGGUUGGCUGUGCUUAGAUCUACUACAAUCACUUUACAGUUAGCAGAUAGGUCACUAGUCAUGCCAGAAGGAAUUAUUGAGUAUGUGUUAGUUCGAGUGGGAAAAUUUAUUCUCCCUGCUGAUUUUAUUGUUCUUGAUUACGAGGUAGAUGAGGAAGUGCCCAUUAUUUUGGGGCGACCAUUCUUAGCUACUGGUGGUGCAAUUAUUGAUGUGAGGGAAGGGAAGUUAAAAAUGAGAGUUGACGAUGAUGAGGUCACUUUUAAUGUGUACAAUGCACUUAAGCUCCCUAAGCAUUAUGAGGACUUGUGCAUGAUUACUGUGGUCAAAUUGAAGGGAAUAGAGCAGAGUCAGUAA